AAAAUCGCCAACCAAACAAUCCCUGUCUCAGACCCAAAACAAAACCCUCUCUGUCCGAACUUAACCAAAGCCCACCUGGGCCCACAGUUUUGGGCCUCUCUCUCUCUCCUCUCUCUUUCUCUCCUCUUUCUCUCUCGUUGCUUUGUGUCCGAAAGCAGACAAGAAAUACAGAAGAAAUUGAAAAGCAAAGCAAAUCUAACCACCUUAAUAUUCAUUCGUGAAUUCGAAGAAAUCUCUCAUUAAUUUAGCUAAUUAAUCAAAGAUUAAAUCACCAUCAUCGCCACCAUCCCCAACCUCCUCUCUGCACGCUUAACUAACUUCAAAGGAACUCAAAUGAUAUAGUCAAGAAGACCACACAGCAAACACCAUACCACCACACUUCCAAUUCUAGCUCUGCUUUCUCUCUCUAGGAUUCCAAGGAGAGAGAGAGAGGGAUGAAGCUCUCGACGUUGCAGCAGAGCUACCUCAACAGACGGAGCAACAGCUUCAGAGGAUCAGCGCCGUUGGAUUCGUCGUCGGACGGCGUGAUUAAGUCUCCUGCGACCGUGUUCUGGCUCGUGCUCCAUGGCCUCUGCUGCCUCAUCAGUCUCGUCCUCGGCUUCCGCUUCUCUCGACUUGUUUUCUUCUUCCUCUUCUCCACCUCCUCUUCGAAUCUCUAUCCGGUGCCUUUCCGGUCUGCUUCUGAGCUCGCCGGAACCCUAGACCUCCCCGCCAACCCGAUCACGAACCUCGAGUUCACUCUCAACAGGAAUACCACCACCGCGAGCUCCAGUAGCCGGGUCGUCGUCGGGCGGCACGGGAUCCGAAUCAGACCCUGGCCCCAUCCGAACCCGACCGAGACGAUGAAGGCGCAUCGGAUAAUUGAGACGGUUCAGAGGGAGCAGCGGAGGCAGUUCGGAGUCAACAACCCCAAAACGGUCAUCGCCGUCACUCCCACUUACGCUCGGACCUUCCAAGCUCUACAUUUGACUGGCGUAAUGCAUUCGCUUAUGCUGGUCCCGUACGACGUCGUUUGGAUCGUCGUCGAGGCCGGUGGGGUUACCAAUGAGACGGCCUCGAUUGUUUCCAAGUCGGGGCUUCGGAUCAUCCACGUUGGGUUCGAUCAGCGAAUGCCCAAUACUUGGGAAGGUCGUCACCUGUUGGAGGCUCGGAUGCGACUUCAUGCUUUGAGAAUUGUGAGAGAACAGAAGCUGGAUGGGAUUGUGAUGUUUGCGGAUGAUAGUAAUAUGCACAGUAUGGAGCUUUUUGAUGAGAUGCAGAACGUGAAAUGGUUUGGUGCUGUUUCGGUUGGAAUACUUGCUCAUUCCGAGAAUGCAUAUGACUUGUCUGCCUCCACGAUUCAUAAAAAGGAGGAUGGGGAGAACCCAUCAAUGCCUGUUCAAGGUCCUGCUUGUAACUCCUCCAAUAAGUUGGUUGGUUGGCACACCUUUAAUUCGUUGCCCUAUGUGGGAAAGAGUGCAAAUUACAUUGAUGAUAGAGCACCUGUACUACCCAGGAAGCUGGAGUGGGCUGGGUUUGUGUUGAAUUCCCGGUUGCUUUGGAAUAGAGCUGAAGAUAAACCAGAGUGGGUUAAGGAUCUAGAUAGUAUAGGUGGGGCAGAUGAGGAUAUAGGGAGUCCUCUUUUCUUAUUGAAGGACCUAUCUAUGGUUGAGCCACUUGGAAGUUGUGGGCGCCAAGUUUUGCUCUGGUGGCUCCGCGUUGAAGCCCGUUUCGAUAGUAAAUUUCCUCCCAGAUGGACUAUUGAUCCUCCUUUGGAAAUUACUGUACCAUCGAAACGUACUCCAUGGCCUGAUGCUCCUCCUGAACUCCCAUCUGAUGGAAAAGUAGAAACUGGAGUUGAAGAGCGCAUAGUGAAGCAUUCUACAAAAAUUCGAACAACCAGAGUGAAGAAAAGUUCUCGAAGCAAGAGAAAGCGCGAGACAAAAAUGAUCGACAUGCAGGCUACUGCAAGGCAUACUGAACAAAACUGAAACACAUGCGAUUGACGCUCAAAAUAUACAGUUGUGUGAAUUUGAGACUUCUUUGGAUCUUCAGCAUCGACGAAAUUCAUUUGAAGAGGGAUCACGGUAAUUUUAGUUGAAAGAGGCAGAAAAGCAAAUGUUCUCGGUGGGUACGUACAGUUAGGCACCUGUAAUAGGGAGUCAGUUGAUAUGUGCAUUUGAGUAGUUUCACAAUUCUUUGUUUCUUUUGGGGAUUUGGGUGCUUGAUAUUGUGGCCUCUUGCAGAAAAGUACAUCGACCGAGUCGUGCCGCAUCUGAUCUGCUGCUCCCUUGCAGGAAGUUGUAUUCAAAAUUUUAUACAUAUUUUUCUAAAUAGGAAUUAUAGAGUUGUGUUCAGUUGGAUUUCGUAGAAACGAUACAUCACCAAAUGUAAUAAAAUUUCCAUUCAUUUCAAACCAAUGCCUUCGUGAUUUUACCUGAAA